ACAUAAUUGUUUCGCAGAACGGGCUGUGCUGCGUUGAUAAACGAAGCGAAGAGACUUGUCGUAUUUUCUAUCCGAUUUCAGAAAGAAUUUCAAAGUAAUUCUUUGACGUUUGCUGUCUCAAGGUAAAAUAACUCAGUAUGGAGAUACCUGUCACGGAUUUUAGUGUCUACGAACUGGGAAAGACCAAUGUGUCAGAUGAUAACUUGAACAAGUUAAGUGACGAACUGAGAAGGGCCUUUACCGAGGUGGGAUUUGUUUAUCUCAAGAAUACGGGCAUAAACCAGGACGAGGUGGACAAAGUCAUGGGUGUUUCAAAGAAGUUCUUCUGUUUGCCAGAAAACAUGAAGAAGCCUUUUAGCAGGGGAAAUUUCUCAUGUGACGUCAACCAUGGCUGGGUUUCGCUGGAGAAGGAAAGUUUGAAUCCUAGACGUCCUGGUGAUCUGAAGGAGGCGUUUAAUACAACAUCUUUGCGCACGGAUAUCAAUUGGCCUUCAGAAGGAGUUGAUGAUUUUCGAGAUGCCCACGUAUCAUUUUACCUGCGCUGUAAGGAACUUUCUCUCAGAGUGAUCCGAGUGAUGGCUCUUGGUUUGAACCUGGAAGCAGAGGUCUUUCUCAGCGCACAUAAGCAUAUUGGAAGUGAUGUGAAUGGAACGACUCUACGGACUCUGUACUACCCUCCGGUGAACAGCACAUGUGUGAAGGAAAAUCAGCUGCGCUGUGGUGAACACUCUGAUUAUGGUAGUAUCACUUUGGUCUUCCAAAGCUCAGAGGGUGGACUGCAGGUUCUGAACCGGGCUGGAGAGUUCAUUUCAGCCCCCAGCAUUCCUGGAACAGUUCUGAUUAACAUAGCAGACCUGAUGCAAAGGUGGACCAGUGAUGUCUAUGUGUCUGCUGUUCAUAGGGUUUUGCUGCCCCCUGCAGGUGACUCCAGCACACGUCAGUCUUUGGCCUUCUUUGUACAACCUGAUGAUGAGGCCAUCAUUUCAUGCUGUGAUGGAUCAGAUAAAUAUCCUCCUGUCAAGUCAGUUGAUUACCUUCUAUCAAGGUUUAACGAUACUUACGGCAAUAAACAGAUCCCUUUUUAAGUGGCUGAUACCGAUUCCGAUUUUAACAAAUCACUAUUGGCCGAUUGUUACAACCCGCUCGUUUAAGUUUGCAACAUAAAAGAGGGAUCAGACAACAAAGUCUAAUCAAAGCUAAUUGUUUUAUUAAAUUAAACUAUUACAACAACAAUUAAUAAUGACAUUAAACAGAAGU